AUGAGCCCACCACCCCCCUUCCCCAACCUCCCCACCAUCCCCCCCGCCUCCCCCUCCCUCACCAACCCCCCCCACGAAACCACCCCCCGCAAAAUCGCCCUCUCCUUCCUCGCAACCGAACAAUCCGAAGGCGCCGGCGCCCGCGUCCGCCGCUCCAUCGGCUCGCCUAAGCUCCGCCGCCUCUCCCCCUUCCUCAUGCUCGACCACUUCUCCAUCUCCCCGGGCGCCGGCUUCCCCGACCACCCGCACCGCGGCCAGGAGACGAUCACGUAUCUGCUCGCUGGCGCCGUCGACCACGAGGAUUUUGCGGGGAAUAGGGGUACUAUCGAGACGGGCGAUUUGCAGUUUAUGACGGCGGGGAGGGGGGUUGUGCAUGCGGAGAUGCCGCGGCAGACGGAGAGUGCGGAUGGUAUUGGCAGCGGCAGUGCGAAUGUGAAUGUGAAUGUGGGCUUGCAGCUGUGGGUUGACCUGCCGCGGCGGUUGAAGAUGUGCGAGCCGCGGUAUCGGGACCUGCGCGCAGGGGAGAUUCCGCGGGUGGUGGUUGAUGCGGGGAGGGUGGAGGUAAGGGUGAUUUCGGGCCGGUCGCAUGGCGUGGAUUCGGUGAGGGAGUUGGCGUAUACGCCGGUUUGGCUGUUGGAUGUGAGGAUUCGGCCGGGCGGGAGGAUCGUGCAGGCGUUGCCGGUGGGGUGGAAUGCGUUUGCGUAUACGAUUGCGGGGACGACGGUGUUUGGUGGCGCGGGAGGGGAUGGACAGGGCGGUGGGCAGCAGACGGUGCCGCAGCACCAUAACGUCGUGUUUGAGCAGCGCGGCGACACGGUGCUUGCGGAGGUGCCGGGUGAUGCGGCGGAGACGGGGCAUUUCAUUCUUGUCGCGGGCGUGCCGCUCGACCAGGAGGUGGUUCAGUAUGGCCCGUUUGUGCUGGGCAGUCGGGAGGAGGUGUAUCAGGCUUUGAGGGACUACUCGACGUGUUCGAAUGGGUUUGAGCGGGCGGAGGGGUGGCGGAGUGAGAUUGGGAGGGCGAUGAUGGGGCGGUAGGGGGUAGGGGGGUGUAGAUGGAUGGAUAGGAUGGAGAUGGGGAUGCUUGGAUAUAAUAUGUUUGAUGGACAUUAUUAUCACCGUCAUCACCAUUACAAUCCAUCGCUAUACAUCAUCAUCACUAAGAAAAACCACCACCACCAUUCCGUGAGUUGAACGUGUCUCAAACGCCCAUCUGCGAAUCUGCUUGUAAGAGAGAGACACACACACACACACAGCAUGCAUUGGCUAUUGUAGCUUAUGUACACAUUGCCAAUUCUGGCAUGCAGACCGUAGUCUUUCUUCCGAGGAAUUCAUGCAGAUGUGCGAAAGGAGGAUGUAUGGGGAUAGUUUUAUAUAGGACUAGUUAUAGUAUUGGGAAGGCGUGGGAUGGAUGGACGGGUAGGUGCGUUGGGGUAUUAGGUAAUAAGGGUGUUGUGAAUGGUGGUGAUGGAGGAGGAGGAUUGGGUAGGUGUCUGGGUCGUGCUUGCCUGGCUGGUUGGAU